AUGCCUGGCGCCCUCACCACCAUCUCCACUUCCACUUACACCCAAGCCUCGCUGAUCCCUCUGCCUGUUUGGGACGCGCUUUGUGCCAGUCCCCAGAAAGCAAACACCAUCCUGCCCGUUGCUAUCAAGCAGGUGGCUCGCGAGCAAAACCAGGGUCCUUCACGCCGUCUCCCAGACCAGUGCUGGAUUGUCGUCAGGACCAACGACACGAUCGACUUUGUUCUCUCCGUCACGGAGGGGGAAAUUGGGGCAUAUCCGGUCUUUGUUUUUACCGCUGUCCCCACCCACCUGCUCAGCCCCGAAUUUAUGUACCCUCGGCUCCUUCCGCUGGCCCGGGCUCUCUUCGCGGCUGUGCCUAGCACUCGGGUUUACUCUUUCUUCGCACAAGACGCGAUUGCGAGGAUGCUGAGCAGCUUAUGGACUCAGAUAACCCAAAUCGGCGCGUAUCAAGAGUCGUAUUACCACGCAAAGCUGAGUUUUUGCACUCGCUCGAGUUUCGUGGACGGCCACACAACCCUUUCUUCCACGCCAAAUCUGCAGUUUAGACUUCGCCCAGCCCGCGCAAAUGAUCUUACACAAGUCGCUGUGCUUUGCGAAGCUUUCGCCGCGGGCUCCGAGCCUUUCCUGCUGACGCCCGAAGCUGCGCUGCUCGAAGCGACGACACUCAUACAGAACGAGCAGAUCUGGGUGCACACCAUCCGCGACAGGUCAACCAACGAGCAGGGCAUCGCGUCGCUCGUCGCGUUCACGCGCAACUCGCACGCAUGUGCGACCAUCACCAAAGUCUUCACCAAUUCGCGCUGGCGCCGGAACGGCUGCGCGGAGCGCCUCGUGCGCCACGUCGUCAAGGACCUCCUCAAGACGAAGGACAGCGUCGCGCUCUACGUCGCGCACGACAACCCCGCGGCCAACAGCGUGUACCACCGCGUCGGCUUUAUGGGCCUGGCGCAGGGCGCACAGCCUGUCGAGGGCGUCGACUCGUGGAUCGAGAUCGGCAUGGAUCGCAGCCGGGUCGUGCUGGGGCACUGCCAAUAUAGAACGGUCACUCGUAGCUUCACAAAUACUUCCUCCGCGACCAUGGCCAAAUUCCCUCCCCUCACGAUAUUCGACUACCUGCACCGCACGGUAGUCUACUCCCUCGUCGGCAUCGCAGGAUGGAGUGUCUUCGUCGGCGUCGCAGGGCACAGCGGACGGCGAGAGGCACGGCUCGCCCGGGCUCAAGAGGUAUUGCACUGGUAUUCGAUGUCCGGUGUUUCAUUACCACUGAAACAGCAUCGUUUUCAUAGCGGAGAGCUCUCAAACAGCGCGAGGAGGAAGAGGAGGCGUUGGCUCGUGCGGCGCAGAAUGCCGUUCCUUCCCAAAGAGUUUGAUUCCGAGCAUGAACAGCAAACAGUCUUACCACAAUCAUCUGUAUCAUUUAAUCUCUUAUUUAUGUAUUCACUUUCCGCGCGGCCCAAAAAAUGGUGCAAGUGA